AUUAGGGUUCUCUUCUCUUCUCUGAGUUCGCAAAAAUGGUUUCGCUGAAACUGCAGAAGAGGCUAUCAGCUAGCGUGUUGAAAUGCGGUAGAGGAAAGGUUUGGCUUGAUCCCAAUGAAGUCAAUGAAAUCUCCAUGGCCAAUUCCAGACAAAACAUUAGGAAGUUGGUUAAGGAUGGGUUUAUUAUUAGGAAGCCAACCAAGAUUCACUCCCGUUCACGUGCUCGGAGGAUGAAGGAAGCUAAGAGGAAGGGACGUCAUUCUGGAUAUGGUAAGCGCAAGGGUACAAGGGAGGCAAGACUUCCUACCAAAAUUCUUUGGAUGAGGAGGAUGCGUGUGCUUAGACGAUUGCUUCGAAAGUACAGGGAGUCAAAGAAAAUUGACAAACACAUGUACCAUGAUAUGUACAUGAAGGUCAAGGGUAAUGUUUUCAAGAACAAGAGAGUCUUGAUGGAGAGCAUUCACAAGAGCAAGGCAGAGAAGGCAAGAGAGAAGACUUUGUCUGACCAGUUUGAGGCAAAGCGUGCAAAGAACAAGGCAAGCAGGGAAAGGAAAUUUGCUCGGCGUGAGGAACGAUUCGCUCAAGGUCCUGGUGAAAAGCAACCUGCACCCACUGCUCCACCUGCCACAACACCCCAACCUGCCCAGGCGCCAAAGAAAACUAAGAAGUGAGCAGCAUAAUCCUGCAGUCUUCUAAAACUGUGUUAUGUGCUAACUAGUCUCAAUUUUUGUCGGUUUAGACUAUGUCUUAUAACUAUAAACUUAUUUCUUGCUAAAUUUAUAUUAUUAUACCUA